CGGGGGUGGUAGGGCCGCAGCAGCAGCCGUAGGGAGGAAAGGAAACGAUCAGGAAGACCAUGUAGUGCUGCACGUUCAGAGAUCACUCCAACGCCCUGCAAGGGGCGGGGCUGACACUGACCUACAGAACUCAACUUACACACAGAGGAUAACUAGCACUCAGCGCUGCACACGUUACCUAUACAGCAGGUCGUUAACCUACCAGUCAGUGUUAUUGCACUACCACGCAGUGACUUUCCGCUGUGUGUAAAAAGCAGUGCUGGCAGGAUGAUGUGCACAUUACGGGCUUUGUUUUCAAAUGGCAAACUGCCUGCUGCUGCCGCACACGUAUGGAGUGACAUGACAAGAGGGGCACAGGCUGCAGCUACCUUUGCAACUGGCCCCCGCCAGAACGAUACCACUUUAUAUGAAUUCCGCACUUACGCUAUCAAGCCUUCUCGGAUGAGUGAGUUCAUGCAGCUUUCAAAGGAGAAAUUCCAUCUGCGCACUGCACAUUCAGAGCUAGUUGGCUUUUGGACCUAUGAAUUAGGUGGUCUCAAUAAGGUUUUACACAUAUGGAAAUAUGACAGCUUUGCACAUCGAUCAGCAGUGCGGGCCAAGCUGCCUCAAGACCGAGAAUGGCAGGGCGAUUUCUUAGCCAAAGCUUUGACCAUGAUAGAAACCAUGACCAACGAGAUUGCAUACCUGGUACCAUGGUGUAAGCUGCAAAGGCCAGAAAAAGAAGGGGUUUAUGAGCUGGUCACCUUUCAGUUUAAGCCCGGUGGGCCUGCAGUCUGGGGUGAAGCGUUUAGAGCUGCCAUCUCUUCUCAUGUUCAUACUGGUUACACACAGCUUGUUGGUGUCUUCAACACAGAAUAUGGAUUACUUAACCAAGUUCAUGUCCUGUGGUGGAAUCAGGAUGCGGACAGUCGCGCCUCUGGCAGGCAUUUGGCUCAUGAAGAUGCCAGAGUUGUUGCAGCAGUACGGGAAAGCGCAAGAUUUCUGGAAUCACAGAGAAACGUGCUUCUGGUUCCAGCUUCAUUCUCCCCACUAAAGUAAAUCCUACCAUUCAUGUUGUGUAUUAAAUGGUACAGAUAUGUCAGGAGUGGACAUGUAUUAUGUGUCAGUGAAGCUUUUCAUUAUCUAUUAAAUGUGUUUGAGUUGGUUACUUUAAAACCUCUUCAAAAUUAAAUAUAUUUCAUUUCUUGAUGUAUGCUUGAAAUAAAUUUCUUGAAAAAUUUAGCAAA